AUGGGUAUUGGAAAAACCACUAUGGUACUUGCGAUCCACUGGAUUCAACACAUCUUCAAUGUGAUGUGGGCUGACAUACGUGCUAAUCCGACGGCUCAUGCUGUACCUGGCGAAUGUCCAACCAAUAAGCAGAUGUUUAGAAAACAUGGAUUCGAUUGCCCUUGCUCUGCUGACAGUACAAACCACUGGUUGAAGGAGAGACUAGGCAUCACUGUUGCUCUUACUCCCCUCGGUCUGUUAAACGUUUGGAAGGCCGAACAUAUACAAUGCUUUAAAGGCAUUCCUGAUCAGAUGCUGGUCAAAGCACAUGGUACUGCUAAUGCCGGUGGAGGCGAUCGAUUGGAUAACGAUGAAGAUGGGGUUGAGGAUGAGUCCGAGGAUGAGUCCGAAAAGCGCCAAACUCCUUCAAUCUAUACGCCACGUCUCGAAAAUGGGCACGUAUUUGUUGUUACUACAGCAGAGUCAUUUGCCAGUCAAUUUUUGAAUUCUUUCCGGCAUAAGAAGACAUGGCGGUACCGACCGAAGGGCAUACCAUCUGUCAAUAAACGUGGGGAGCAUUAUAUUACUAAACCUAAGGAAAAAACAAAAGAGACACCACCUUAUCAAUCAUGUAUUGUGUCUCUUCUCAUUAAAGACGAAUUCCAGCUACGAAAGACAGAGUCCAUUAGAGCUAUCAAGGAUGUUCAGAUACGGCAACAUAUCAAAAACGAAGGAAAGUCGCCGGAUGAGUGCGGAUACGAAGUUUAUCAACGAAUUGCAUUAGUAUUGUUGAGUGGUACUCCUUUAAUGACAGGACCAUUGGAUAUUUCCGGUUUUGUUCAAUUGAUGUGUCGCAAUAGCUGGAGAAAAGAUGCAGUUUUGCAAAAUUGGAUGCACAACGAGUUGCAGGAUCUUGGUGAAAGAUGGAAGAAAUGGACUGAUAGCAGGUCUAUCAACACUCAAGAUAUCUUUCAGGAGAUAACUUCGAGGUUUAGUCCAUUGGUUGAGAAACUCAUGAUUCGAUGGACUACGAACAGCGAUCUUCUUGGUGAAAAACCUAUUAUCAUACCACGCAAUCUCUACUCCGACAUCAAAUGCGACAACGGACCAGACUGGACUCUCAGGGUUGACUCUCUCGAUCAAGAAGAAUCUGAGAGAUUGAAGACUCGGGAGAAAAAACGUCAAGCAAGAUAUCAAACGAUACAUGGUCAUCUCAUUGGAGAUAAGCCAUUAGACAAGACUAACGUUAACAUCUACUAUCGUUCUCGAUUAUGCGCAUCAUUUCCGUAUCUCAUGGAGCUUACAGAUGAGAAUGAUGUUCCGUUAAAACUGACCGAGAGAGAAUGGAUAGAGAACACCACGGGCAAGAAACCGGAAUGGAAACAGGAAACAGAUACUGAUCCAUACUUCAAACAUCUGAAGAAGAUUGUUGCAUCUUCUGGCAAGCUUUGUGAGAUGAAGAAAAAGAUCAAUAAAUACAAAAACUUUAUUGAUGCUGAAAACAAGUUGGCAAGACAAAUCUUUUGUUCUUAUUUCUUCGCAGGUGCCUAUAUCAUGUAUCUGUGGAUGAUACACAUCCUUAAAUUCAGACGUGAGGAUGUUGUUUUCUUACACAAGCCUAUGGGUCAAACGAAAAUCAAUGCUGCAUUAGCAAGAUUUCAUAUCGAUAUCAACUGCAAAACGCCAGCUGAGGAACAAAAAACAGCGAGAUAUAUUGUUGCGACUAGUUCAUCCUUUGCUGUAGGAUUGACUCUAGCGGAAGCUAUAUCAGUUGGAUUUUUGGAACCUGAUUAUCAUGCAGAUACUGUGGCCCAAGGAAUUUCUCGACACUGCCGCCAGGGGAAUAAAAAUCUAGAGCAUGGUGUCGAGUCUUGGAUGUUUAUGGUCAAGGAUAACAGGGUGGAGACAAGAAUAUUCGAGGUCAACAACUUACGCAAGCAAAUCAUCAACGCGGCUGAACGUAAAACUGACGAUGUUGCGAAGAAAAAUAAGGAGAAUGCGAUCUCGGAUACUAAUCCUGCUACCUUGACUGCUACUCAUUUAUCGGCCGGUUUGUAUAACAGUUAG